UCCCAAAAGCCACUGAUUCUCUAAUAAUGUACGUCCAUGAAGACGGUUUCAGUACUCUAGCACAAUCAAAACUUUGUAACUCUCUGUCUCUCUCUCUCUCUCUCCCUCUCUCCCUGAGAAAUUCCAUCAUUUCUUUCUCCAAUUAGGAGCUGAAAAAGCAGCUUAAUCAGUACCAAACAUGAGGAAUUUGAUGGAAACGACCCAAAAGAUGGCGAUGGCGCCAGCAACGGACGGCAUCGGGCAGCUCCUGAAAACUGCCAAGGGGAAGCUCGCGAUGAUCGAGCUCCUAGUCAUCUUCACCGCCUUCUUGCUCCUCUUCCUCGUCGCCUUCGGCUCAUGCCGGCGCCGCUGUAGCGGCGGCGUGUUCCGGCUCGUCAUUUUCACGGCCUACACUCUCUCAACCUACGUACUCACCUACGCUCUAGGCCUCAUGCAGGAAGCUCCGUUCCGCAACGAGUUAUUCCCUGUCUGGGCAGUGUUCCUGAUGAUCAUCCUCGGGAGCGCCGAUUCUAUCUCCGCAUACAGUCUCGAGGACAACGAGCAGUGGAAGAGCUACAAUUGGCAGAUCAUGAUCAAAUUGAUUUGGUUGUUAUUUUUGAUAGACUGGUACUUCCGCGACACGUCCAACACGGGGUUUGGGACCCCGUACCUCCUCGUCGUCUUGACCUUGAAGGCCGACGAGAGGGCUCGGGCCUUGAUGGCGGCGAGCCGCCAGUCUUUGGAGAGGUAUACAAAAGUGGUUGCUGAUUAUAUGAGCGUGGAGCACGAAAGUGGUGAAGUCGAUCCGGUUCGCAUGAGAGGGUAUACGUAUUUGGUGAGGGGUGAAGAGGAGAGACCGGUGAAUACCUUCGUUCGUGCUAAGCAAUUUAUCAAGAGGUGUCUAGGGAAGGAGGAGGGUGCGCUGGCACGGCACCAUCGGACCCCAUUGGACAACGUAGAUGAAUUAAUCACCAUUGAAAAGGUGUGGAUGUGUGAAGGGACGCUCUUAAGCUCAGAAGGAGACCCCCACAAGAAGCUCAAGGACAAAUGCCUCUCUUUUGCACUCUUCAAGCUCCUCCGUUUGAGAUAUGCUGGCUACUCAUUGCCCCAAGAGGCCCACAAGAAGACAUGGAACUUGAUUCGCCAUGGAUUACUCUCGAAAGAAGACGGCUACAAGCGAGCAUUUCGAGUUGUCGAGGACGAGCUCACAUUCCUUUUCGAUUUCUUCUACACCAAGUACAGUAUCAUAUUCCAGCCUGGCCGGUUGCUCUUCAAAUUGCUGGAGUUUAUUUAUGUCACUCUCAGCAUUUGGUCUACGACAUCAAUCUUGACGUAUUACAAGAGACAUGACAAUAACUAUCAACUGGGCACUAUGCCGAAUGGGUUGAGCAUCGAAGUAGUCGUGACCAGCGUGAUGAUAAUCUCGUUCAUCAUGGUGGAGCUUAUGCAGUUCUUCUUCGUGGGUUUCUCGGAAUGGGCUAAAGUGAUAUGGAUCUGCAAGUAUGUGCAGAAGAAGUCAUGGCAAGAAAAUGUGUGGAUUGAGAGGAUAAUCAGAGCAAUAUGUCGGGUCAAAUUGAUGAGGCCUUGGGAGCAAAAGCUUCAUCAGUACUCAUUCCUCGAGUCAUGCUCUUAUAAGCCUUCCAGGUUAUUGAACAACAAGAUGAUGGCGGUCUACAUUGAUCAGACUAGGGAUGGCCAGAGACAGAGCACCCCGAUCAAAUUGCCUGAAGAAGUCAAGCAAGCGGUGUUUCAUACUCUAAAGGCGAAUUACAGUGCUAAAUUGGAGAAUGGACAGGCCUCACUGAGAAUGAACAAUGAGUCCAAGAAGCUGUCGUGGGCAUGUCGGCUUGAGACACAGACUCAGGUCAUAAUAGUGUGGCACAUCGCCACUAGCUUCUGUGAGCACCAACUGCCACUUGGAAGAUCAGACUCGCCUGCAACAAGGAGGAGUUUCCUAGUGGCAACUAGCUUGUCCAAGUAUGUGGCUUACUUGGUUGCUUUUGCUCCAUGGCUACUGCCGGAUCACCCAUACGUUGUGGAGUACGUGUUCGAUCGGGCAAUCAUCGAAGCCAGGGACUUCUUUCUGAAUUGCAAGAGAAUGGAGGACUGGGUUAAGGCGAUGAAGGAGAACAGCAGUGGUCUUUCUGCGCGUGGAGAAACUGUUAUCAACCAGGGUGCUCGGCUCGGGAAUCAGCUUGCAAAUGAUAUAAAUAACAAGGACAUGAUUUGGAGGAUUCUGGCUGACUUUUGGGCGGAAAUGGUGUUAUAUGUUGCACCUUCGGACAAUGCGAAAGCCCAUGCGGAGCAUUUGACUAGAGGAGGCGAGUUUGUGACUCACUUGUGGGCUUUGCUCUAUCACGCAGGAAUCGAGAGAGGUCCUCCUACUAAGCCGUGUAAUGCCCUGGAGAGAAGGAACAGCUUCUGAACUAGUCCAGUGAUUAAUAGCAUCUGUUGCAAGUGACCGGUGAUUGCCAUAGUAAAUGGUUGCUUAGGUAUGAUUCACGUGGAUAUCGCGCCAGUUAACUGUGCAAUGUAUUUGGUUGCAUCACUCGCAGCUCUCACUAUGCACUAAAUGAAAUCCUACUGCCAUUGAACAACAGCAUCAUAUUUAUUCCUCAGAGAAAUCCUAUUUUUGGUUUAGUAGUAAUAAUUUCAGGGAUCGAGUUGCCUGGA